UAGGUUGCACCUGCCAUAUUGUGAGUCGUACCAAAAGAAGGAGGGUGCUUCUUGUUUAGGUGAUUCCUGGCUAGGAGCCAUACUAACAACCAAGACGAGGAUAUCUCCGAUAGACGAGAUACAAUGUCUUCAAUAUUCGGUGCGGAUAUUGAUAUAUAAGUUGAUAGGAAACUGCUUUCAAAAUAAUGGAGUUUGUCGGCAUAAAGCAAGAGCCUCACGAUAAUGGAUAUGAGUUAUCUACCCCUGGUUUGUAUAUACCUGGGAAUUCAAACCACCUGCAGCAGAGUGGUGGACCUCAAGGUAGAGAUGAACCUAAGCUCAAACACCCUAAAUUAACAACGCUUUUAUUUGGAAACAAAGCAACUGCCAGCACUUCAAACAACAAUUCUCAUCUGAGCAAAUUAUUGGCCAGCAAACCAAAAUAUGUAUUACAAACAAGCACUGAACAAAGGGCCCAAUCACCUAGUACGUUACAUACAACAAACCAACAAAAUAGCCAAUCAGCUACUAUGUUACACACUACUCACCAAUAUAACAGCGAAUCAGCAACUAUGUUGCAAUCAUCUCACCAACAAAACAGCCAAUCAGCUGCUGUAUUACAAAAUACUCAACAACAAAACGGCCAAUCAACAAAUCUGUUACAAUCUAGUCACCAUCUAAGUAGCCAUUUAGUUGAUACAUUACAAGCCACUAACGGACAACACAACCAAUCAAUUCUUGGUUUAAAAACAAUGAAGAAAGAAUACAGCCAAUCACCAACAAUGUUACAAACUACUAACAGGCAAAGCAGCCAGUCAGCUAACUUAUUACAAACCACAAACGUACAACAUAUUCGGGCAGCACCAGGAUCAGAAAGUGAAAAGCAUACAGAGACUGAAUUGACUUCCUAUGAUAGGUUGAUAAAAACAGAAGUUGAGGAUGAUUAUGAGAGAUUUCAUGACAAACCAACGCUACCAGACCAAGGAAAUAGUGUCCAUAAUCAUAAAUCAUCGACCCUCCUCAUGUCUGGAGAAGAAUUCCUCAAUUCUGUCACUUCUGAAAUCUGGCCCGGCUUACAGCCCUUCCUUUUCAAUGGAUACUCUCCGUUAUCAAAGUCAUAUACCAACUGUUGCCAAGGAAACCAUUAGUAAACAGAACAACACUAGACCUGUACAUGUUCCUUUGGAGACUCCAGGGUACCAUGACAACAGUUACUCUCCAGUAAACUUAGAAACCAUUGAGAGAGAGCCUCGGGGCAGAGCUUACACUAUGGGGAUAAUAGAGAGGAAGGAUGAUUCUGAAUAUUUACCCUCUGUUCCACACAGGACUCGAUCAAACACAGGGUCAUCAGUCAGUGUUCUUCAAAAAUCACAUAAAAGAUUAUCAGACCUGUUAACGGGACCAUCAUCUUUACUUUCACCAAAAGCUUCACCAACUCCGGAAAAGCAAGCAGAAAUACCUAAGUCUUCCCUGUCAAAGUCAGGAUCUGUAAAAAGCAGUAAACCUAAUAGUGCCCUGCUACAAAGACUCCUUACAAUCGGGCCCAGUGUGUAUGUCAGGCAUGGCCCUGUGUCAGAAACCGAAACUAAAGAAACAGCCGUGGAAAAUACUUCUAAUGGAUCUGGAAAUAUGAAGCAAAAUAAUGCUUCUAGUGCUCUCCUAACACUUCUUCGUGGACGAAAACAAAAUGAAAUUGAAGAGAAAACAGAAAACAGAUUAGAUAUGCAAGCAGAACUUCAAGAACGUUUGAAAUUGAGUGUUCCCCAUCAAAAUCCUGAACGAAAAACAACUGGUAAACUUGACGCAACAAUUGAGAAACUUUCAUCUAUGUUAGUGGACAAAGUAAUACAAGCAAAAUCAUCUGAAACAGAGUUACCUCCCCUUCAGGUUCCGUCACCAAGUAUAGAGACUCGCCAACAGGAGUCGCCACGGCCAGUGGCGAAGGAACAACAACCUGAAAGACCAUCUUUACUUAAAGCUCUUGUUAAAGAAAAAAUCUACAAGGAACAGGAAAAAGUUGAAAGAGAGGCUUUCUUAUUAGAAACUCUGAAGCGAAGUCUAGCUGAGCCUCGGGAAGAACUAUUGGCACACCUACCGUUUCCUGGAAAAGACUUCAUGAACUUUUACAAGUGUGAACACUGCGGGAAAGGUUUUCCUCAUAAGGGUACAUUGAAGGUGCACAUGAGAACACACAGUAUGGAGAAACAGGAGUUUAAAUGUGAUGUAUGUGGUAAAGUCUGCUCGGCCAAGGGAUACCUGUUGAUACACAUGAGGACACACCGUCAAGAAUAUGGUCCAAGCCAGGAGGAAGAACUUCCACCUACACGAGAUGAAAAUCCUCCUCCUAGUCAAAAGACAGUCGAGGAAAUGAAUGGAUGUUCUAUAUGUGGGAAAACCUUCAGUGAGAGUGAGAAUUUGUUGAUCCAUCUUCGGAUGCACAGUGGGGAAAAACUUUACAAAUGUGAAGUGUGUGGGAAUGGAUUCACACGUAAGACACAGCUCGCGAUCCACAUGCGGAUACAUACGGGAGAGAAACCGUACGAAUGUGAAGUCUGUGGGAAAACAUUUCGACAAAGUAACGGUCUGAAUUUACACAUGAUAACACACAGCGAAGUGAAGCCCUAUAACUGUCAGAGCUGUGGAGCAGGAUUUGGCAGAAAAGCACAUUAUGAAAAGCACAUGCGAUGGCAUAGGGGAGAACGACCAUUCAAUUGUGCUGUUUGUGGGAAGGGAUUCACUGAUAAGUUUAACUUGUCCACACAUUUUAAAAUCCACAAGCAGAAGAAGGACCAUGUUUGUGAUGUGUGUGGGAAAGGCUACAACCAAGCUACUCACCUGAAAAACCACAUGCAGUUUCAUGCCGGAGAGAGAGGAUAUCAGUGCAGUGAUUGUGAUAGUUUGUUUGAACAUAAGCGAACCCUCCAGAACCACAUUAAGUGUACCCAUUUUGACACAUACGAGAAAUCUCUAACUUCAAAGACUUCCUUGAGGAAGUUCCAGAAACUACGGGCGCAUGGGCAGAUUGUGGAAAAUACGUUUGAACAGGAUCAGUCUAGUGAAUCCAGCAGUGACGAUAGUAACUAUGACGAUGACAAUGACGACUCCAUGUUGUCCGACGGUGAUGACACGUACAGUGGAGAGGACAAAUUUGUAAUUAAGAACGAACCUGGGGACUGGUAUUCUGAUUAUACAGGAGAUACAGUCCAACCUGAUAAAUGUUUAGAGUCAUCUUACGAUGAUGUUGGGCAGACUGGAGAAGGGGAGGAGCAGGCUGGUGAAGGGGUGGGGCAGGCUGGUGAAGGGGUGGGGCCGACUGAUGAAGGGGUGGGGCAGGCUGGUGAAGGGGUGGAGCAGACUGGUGAAGGGGUGGAGCAGACUGGUGAAGGGGUGGGGCAGGCUGGUGAAGGGGUGGAGCAGGCUGGUGAAGGGGUGGGGCCGGCUGGUGAAGGGGUGGGGCGGACUGGUGAAGGGGUGGGGCCGACUGGUGAAGGGGUGGGGCAGGUUAGUGAAGGGGUAGGACAAAACAUCAGUCUUGGUGAAGGCAACAAUCCCUCCACAGGUUCUAGCGAUGACCGACAUUGUGAGAAUUGGAACGGUUUACGUACAAGUCAUAUCAAACAGGAGGUGGUGGAUGUCUACCCCGGAGAGAUGGAACCAAAUUUCAAUGACAAAAGUCAAGGUCAGAGUCCAGAUAAUUUACAGAGUGUCAAUGCUAGUGAGAAGGAAAAUUCAGACAGAGAUAUCCACACUCAAGUUUUGACAGUAUCAGUGGAUGGAACUGUCGUGAAAACUGAACCCAAUGAUGAUGAAAUAGUCCAGGGAACAGCGAUUGAGAAUACUGAUGAUAGUUUGAACUAUGACGACUUGCAAUCGAAAAGAAUUCAGCACUCUUUCGAGAGAUCCGAAACCAGCUAUCUUAACUAUGUUACUGAUCACUCAAACAAACGCACAAUUCAACUAGAUCUGUCUGUCUCAAGCACUUAUGAAGGAGAGCGACGAGAAUUUAACGGGAUUUCUAACCAUGACAGCAGUGAUUCGGAACAAGAUGAUAGAUUUUACAUUGGAAAAAAAUUCUUGCCUGAAAAUGGUGAAAUGUCUCCAGUGAAGAAGAGAAGAAUAAGCCCUGAAUCACCUGAGCCACUAAAGAUUGAAGGCGACGAGAGCUCCUCUAAGGGAGACAACCCUGAUGGUCUCCCUUUACAUACAGCUAACAGAUAAUCCACAACAUAAUGGGGGACAGUCGAAGAUGUGGAGUCCGGACAUCGCUCUCCUGUUCUCAAUACACCGCACAUGUUGUAUUUGGAUGAAAAGGAGAAAUGGUCUUUCUAGACAAAUAUUUAUUGAUGUUAAUGCAUAAUAUCUUCUGUUUUUACAAUUUAAAUAAAACCAAAUUUUGAAAUUUGAAGGGUUAGAUCAUAGAUAUUUGUCAAAUAUCAUCUCAAACAAGAAUCAAAACACAUUUUCUCAAGGGUCUACUUAAAAGUUUACAUGUGUUAAUUAUAACUAGCCCAAUCUCUUGAAAUGUAUUCACUUUGUUAAUUUUGAGUAAGAUUUUUGUUCAAUAAUUAAUUGUUUUGUUUUUGUUUAUGUGCUUGAUAUCUAUCUGGCUUAAAAUUGAAAUUUUUUUUUUUAAUUUCUGUGUAUAUUUUUUUUUUGGAAAAUAAAUACAAUGUGCAGUAAUUUUAUGGCAUAGUUUUAAAAAUGUUGGCUCUUAUACAUGUCAAUUUCACUACAGUUAGUAGUUUUUACUUAAUUUUUUUUUUUUUUUUACAGUUUUUGAAAAUGAACUUACACAGAUUUGAUCAAUAUUGCAACCAACAUUUCUUAAGUAUGGGACCUGAUAAUUUAUCAGGUAUAUAAUCAAAACUUAUUUGGUAAGCAGGAAUUUUUCCAGGAAUUUUUGGAGUUGGACACUGUCCUAAAAUUGGGAAAAUUUGUUUACAUUUCAAUUUUGGAAAAUAUGAAAUUUAAUAAACACCAGCCUAUAUUUCACAUUUUGAAAAUAUUUUCUUCAUUUUCCUUGGAUCAGCAUUUAAUUCCCUGGUCACUAGUCAUAUAAUCAUUAGACACAGGUCCUUUUUGUGAGAGUGCAUCAUAUUUCUGACUUCGAUUAGACACAGUUGACUGAUUUUGGGUAGACAUUGUGCUCCUGCAGCCUGACUGAUUGUCAAAGCAUUUCUGCAUGACUGAUUAUGAACUGACUAUGAAUGGACAUUGCAGAACUUGACUGAUUUUGGGUAAAUACACUGUAAAUUCAGCUUUUCUGCCUGAAUAACUGGUUAGACAAAGUAUUUCUGCAUUGCUGAUUUGGUUUGGUGUUGCAUUUCUGCUUGACCGACUUUGGUUUGAAAUUGUAUUUCUACUUGAAUGACUUUGGUUUGACAAUAUAUUUCUUCUGGAUAGACAUUUCAUAUAACUCCAUUUCUAUGUAGGCUGAGUGGGACAUAUGCAUUUUCUAGGAAUGAUAAAAUAUACCGAAUUUGCCAUUACAAUGCAUCUCGAGAAUAUUUGAGAAUUGUUUGGCCUAGUCCACUGUAUAUAAAGUCGAAUCAUAUAUUUAUUUAUUUUAUAUUGAUUUUGUUUUAUGUUUAUAUAAUUUAAUUUUUUGUCAACUUUUGAUAUUAUCAGUAAUUUGUAAGAUUUCUGACAUGGAAGUAUAUGCAACGGUUCCAGGGUACAAUAAUGUGGAUAUGUGUAUUAUAAUCGGAUACGUUUUAAUAUUGAAUUUCACAACCCUUCAUAUACAUGUAUAUAUUUAUAUCAUGUACUAGCGCACUGUUAACCUGUUUUUGAUUUAAUCUGGCUUGGAGCAAGAAUUGCUUUUGGUUUAAAAAAUAUAUGUUAUAUCACCAUAACAUUACUAUAUAUCUGGUAAGGAAAGUUGAAGUAAAUUGACUUGUAUCAGUUUGAGAGUGUGGCAUCCGAGAGAUUCUAGUGUUGUUUUAUUGAUUAGAUAUCUCUCAUCUUUAUAUCAUACAUGAAUGCCAUCCAUUGAAUCUUGAGGAGGUAUAAUAUAGAUCAAAUUGUAAGAAUUGUUUUGAAUAAUUUAAUUAUCUUUUUAUCUUACAUCAUUCAGUGUUUUUCCUGCCUGUAUAUCAGAGACUGAAUACAGACCCAAUUGUGUAUGAUGAUUACUUUCCCAACAAAGCCAUAAAAAUUACCAAAACCUUUAAAUCUGAUAUUUUUGAUGUGAUGGUCAACACAGCAUUCAGCAGCCUAUCAGCCCCAUAUUCCUCCUAAUUCUAUAUAUUUAUUGCACAUAAAAUUCUCAAUUCCACCAGGUGGCAGUUUCGUAAAAUGGCCAUUGGCCAUAUUAAUCCUUAAUUAAUAAUCCUGGAUCAAGAAUAUUUACAGUAUAAAUAUUUUACAGGUUACAGAAAUUUUGAAGUGUAAGUCAUUGUUAAAGCCCUGUAUUCUGUAAAUAUCUGUGAAUUACCUCCCUUGGAAAAUAACCUACAUAUGUAAUAAUUUUUUUAUAUAUUUUAAAGUAAUUGCAGAUAGCUCAUGCCAUCAGAUACUGUUCUUAAUUUGAAUUCAGGAGUUUAUUGAAAUGCUUUAUUUGCAUAUGAUAGUAACAGAUUGUCCAUAGGAAGUCUAGACUGGACAUUUAAAUAUAUAUAUAGUUACUCAACUGUACUUUUACUUUCAACCAUUUAGAACCAGAAAUUAAAACAUUAGAUAUAGAGGGAUUGAGUGUUGAUUUAUGUUUGUGAUGCUGAGAGGCAGAUCCGAAAAUAUGAAUUUUUUGCAAUAUAACUGUAUUAUUAUUUUUCAUUUGAUAAAAUACAUAGCAUGCAUCUUUUAAACUACCUAAGCAGAUAGUCCACCAAAGUCUCCUUCAUUGUUCUGAAAUUGUAUUGUCUGCAGGGCUGUUUUUAUUUUGCAGUCCAAACGGUAGGACCACUUAAACUGCAUAAACGAACAGGUAGAGACAGGGGAGACAACUAGAACAGGACAACUAGAUAUGCUAAUUCUACUGCUGAAAUGUAAAAUUGACAAAUUAUAAGUUAUCUAGAUUCAUGUUACUACUUGUACUUAAUUAAGAACCAAAAUUAUUUUACCUUGUACUGUAUUUAUUGUUUAAUAAUCCCUGUGGAACAAUACACACAUCUUUGACUCAUAUCACAAGAUGUUCUUAUUACAUGCUAGUAUUUUACUUAACACCUGUAGACAUGGAUGGGCUUAUUGCCAGGAAUGGGUUUAUUGGUGGAACUCUUCUUUAAUGGAGGAGCAUUUCAGUGCUGGGACUCCUUCACCUUAAGGAAUCUGGUGGAAAUGUAGACUGAGUUUUUCUGACUGUUCAAGACACUUUACUCAAAUGUAUAUGUAUUGUUCAGUGAGGUAGCCACCAGCUACUACAAUGUACAAAGAAAAACAUUGCUGUUCACAAGGCAAUAAACCCAGCAAACAAGAUAAAUGAUAAUGAAUAAUUAUCAGUUAGUCUGAGGAAAAGGAAAAACUUUUCAUGUCAAUAUUGAAAACCGAAAAUUAAUUUGAAAAUCACUCGGUAUUGAAUUUGACUUUAUUCGGAUAAAAACUGGAUUAUCGUUUGAAUUAUAUUUAUAUUACCUUCGACUGUUAACUCUUUUAGUCAUAAGAAACUUUAGUGGACUCUGCCAUUUAUUCAUCAUUUGAAGUGAAAUAUAGUUAGCAAGGGUGAAAGGGUUAAUAACCAUAUUGUGUUGUUUAUUAUUUAAUAUGCUGUUAAGAACAGUUUUAAGAAAAGUAAAAAUGCAAACUAAUUUUAUUCGUUAAGUAAUCUCCAAGAGAUGUUUUCUGUCACAAAUAUUGUAUCAAUCCUAUUUUUGGUUUGUAAUAUUGUAGAAACAAGUGUAGAUUAGAAAUUACCUUAGUUAUCUAAAAUACAAUAAAGGAAAUGUCAAAAUCAA